UUAAGGCUAGAACAGCAGAAAAACAAUCAAUCAUUGUUGUGUACGUGUUCGAAGCCGGAGCAUGAGCAAGAAAGAGACUUGGUCUUGGAUUCUGGCUUAAUUAAUAUUUCCUUAGUUGAUUGCUUCCGGGUUUCAUCUAAUUCUACCUCCAUGAUGCAAACAGAUAAGAAAAGUAGGCAUUCCUACUGUGUGUGGUAUACGCAUCUUUAAGAUGAGCCUUUGGAUCCGCCUCGAUGUGCUUUGAUAGGCAGACGGCCUGUUCUUGCAAUCAAGGUCUGCAGUUUGUGGAAGUGAGGAACUCUUCAAGGUCGGAUAUUGUCAAGACCAGCUGGAAAAAAAAUGGACCUCUGGCUAAGAUUCAAGCUGCUCAGAGUAAACAUUAUUGUUUAGUCUUCAAAUAUUCAAUAGUUAGAUAACUGUUGAACGAAAAUAUCACAAGAUGAUGUUUCAUACAUGUAUAUGUGUGUAACUGAAACUUUGAUAGAUGCGUACCCACUUACCAUUAGAUGACAAAAUGAGGAGAAACAAUAAAAUACAGACAUUCUUAACGGUGCUGGUCACAGCCAUCGUUACGUACUUAAUUGUCGGAACAAACUGUCCCUUGGACAGACAUCAGAAUACCGUCAUGUUGCCAAAAGAACCCAAGCACGUCAUGUACGACCAGCAACAGAAUGAGUACGUCUAUGACAAGGAUAUGCCACUGAUUUUCAUUGGCGGCAUGCCGCGCAGUGGCACCACGCUCAUGCGCGCUAUGCUGGAUGCUCAUCCGGAUGUGCGGUGCGGGGAGGAGACCCGUCUUAUACCCCGACUCCUCAGCAUGCGUGCCCAGUGGAUGAAAUCCGGUAAAGAACAUGGCCGGCUCAUAGAGGCCGGAUUGACUGACCAAGUCAUCGACGACGCGCUAUCGGCGUUCAUCUUAGAGAUCAUUGCCAAACACGGCGAGCCGGCGCGGCGGCUAUGCAACAAAGACCCCUUUGUCCUGAAAUCGAUGGUCUACCUGCACAGGGUUUUCCAAAAUGGCAAGUAUCUACUCAUGUUGCGGGACGGCAGGGCCACCGUCCAUUCCAUCAUCUCCCGAAAGGUCACCAUCACCGGGUUCAACAUCCAAAGCUACAAAGACUGCUUGACAAAAUGGAACCUUGCCGUGGAGAACAUGUACAACCAGUGCAUGCAGCUGGGGCCAAAUAUUUGCCUGCCCGUCUUCUACGAGAAACUGGUGCUGCAUCCUGAGGAAUGGAUGAGGAAGAUUUUGACAUUCCUGGACAUUCCUUGGGACGACAGCGUGCUACACCACGAGGAUACUGUGGGAAAACCCGGUGGCAUUUCACUCUCAAAGAAGGAGAAGUCCACAGAUCAAGUGAUCAAGCCGGUCAACCUGGAGGCACUGACCAAGUGGGUCGGCCACAUUCCCCAGGACGUCAUGGACAACAUCGAUACGAUUGCGCCCAUGCUGGCCAAGCUGGGGUACGACCCGCAUGCCAACCCGCCCAACUACGGCACGCCGGACCAGCGCGUGCUGGAGAACGAGGACAAGAUCCGGGCCAAUGCCGACCGCUACGCAGAGAACGCCAAGCAGUUCAUGGAGGAACCGGACAAACAACGGCCGCCGCCGGAUGCGGCCAAACCGCAACCGGGAGCCAAAGAAGAUUCCGUCAGACAACCGCCGCCCAACGAGGCCGUCUUGGCAGACUAUGGCGAAAAUCAACAGAAAAAGCCCAGAAUCAACCCACUGAAUCGCUUUGGAAGAACACGGCCGAAAAAUCCCACAUUUGCACGGCGCCCUGAGGCGCCGUAUCCCAAUUAGAAAUGGGAACAAUUCUAAAAAAAUCACCCAAAACGAAUUGCAAAAAACAAAGCGCACUAUUUUUUAUUAAUGAAUAUUGGCAGUAUUUUUGUAUACGUUGUUUCACAAGGUGCAAUACGCAAACCUUCUGUUAAACAGAGUCGUUGUUUUAUUUUUUAACCUUCUUGUGUUUUUCUGCAGAUGCACGAUAGCAUAUGUUUAGCCAGCAUCCUUUCCGUUUUGUUUCAUGUAUGUUUGAUAUAUUUUAUUACAUGUACAUUUUGGUACAUGUAACAGAGUGUUAACUGAACAAACUAAACGAUCACAUUUGUGUGUGAGUAGGCCUACUUCUCUGUAUGUACAUGUACACUAUACAGUAAGUGUGCAUACAUUAUACCUAAAGUUUUAAAAUUCAAAUCAGUGUAUGAUCUGCAGUAGGUACUAGUACAGGUACUUCAUACAUGUCACAUUGCAAAAUCUGAAGAUCUGAUUGUUAGUUGCCUUUUUUUUUACAAAAUAGAAAGGAAAAUAAGGAAGAUGUGAUUUUACAAUUGUGUACGAAAUCAUCCACCUUAACUCUUAGACUUUGAAGUGAAUUUCCUAAAUCCUAACCACAAAUAGGUUUUCUCUAGCCCACAAUCCUGGCCAAAUCUCGCUGGCCCCCAUCCCCGGGCCCCGCUCAAUGUUGUCUCUCCUUGCGUGGUGUGUGCUCCAUCAGCUGGAGAGAACAACAUUAACCGGGGGAGCGGGGGAGUGGGUGACCGUGGCAGGCUCAGGAAGUGUCCCAACCAUUUUGACCGGGAUUGUAGGCCCCCUGUCAUAUGCAACAAAAUGCAAUUUGGCUGAAAUAAGACUGCUUAAUGCAACAAAUUGCAACAGUGGAUUCAGUUGCAUUGUGCAGUGAACCCAGUGCAUACCAGCCAUGGCACCAAGCAGUUACCCUGCUAAAUGCAACCAAAUGCAACAGUGGAUAAUCUUGUUUCGCAUUGGCACUAUGAGCAGUUACCCUGCUAAAUGCAACCAAAUGAAACAGUGGAUGUAUUGCCUUGGCACUUGCCCUGCUAAAUACAACAAGAUGCAACAGAAUAUGGGGACUUGCGUUACCUGCAUAAUGCAACAGCGUGCAACAACGUUUUUAUCUUUGUUGCUUUCUGUUACAUUUAGCCGGUGUAGUGUUAAUUAGUUAAAACAAUUGGCAGGUACACAGACUGGGGUGUAAAAUUGGAGCCAAUGUUUUGUUUUGUUACAUGUAGCUCACGUUAUUAAAAAAAUCAUAUCUCCCUUAUCUCACUAUUUUGCAAAAAACUUCACCUUGGUGGUGUAGUGUCAUUCACAUUUCAUGUGUAGAAUACACAUGCUAGCACAAUAAAACAUUAAUAUGCACAACUGUCACCCAAGUACAAAAUAUACACGUUAACAGUGUAGUACAUGUACAGAUUCAUUUAGUUUGUAUUCAUUAGUAGUACAUACAUUUGCAUUCAUGUAUAAUUGCCUGUGCAUGUAGUAGAGCUCCAUGCCCAAAGUAAGUUUUUAUUUGACUGAUUUUAAUCCCAAACACUGAAAUAUUCUCCAUUUAUCGUUUUUAUCUCAAGUUCUAUAGAAUUUGAAGGGAAAAAAAUCCCCAUGCAAAUAUGCGCAGAGAUAAUUGUUGUAACAUCUACAUUUUUUUACCUAAUCCAUAUGGUAAUUGUUCACAUGGAAAAAUUAGUCUGAAUACAUGAACAUGCAUGCAUGCAUUAAAGCGUUCUUUUUAGUAGCUGAUUGCUAUUUAUAGUUUCAUGUAAAUGUACACCACCCGGUCAUGCCUCGGACUUUACUAUGCAUGGGGCACAUUUAUGUUUAUUGCCCCCACAUCCGAAAAAUGUUCCAAAUUAGAAACAGAUAAUAUGCGGGUACAUGUACUAAAUCACCUCCUGUGCCCCCCUCGCAUCAUUUACCAUGACUGUGAUCUCAUCUUGUCUAGCCUCCUGAUAAUAGAUUGCUCCCUGCUUACACAAAGAGUCCUCAUCAUUCAUCAAACAUGAUAAUGAAUGAUCCCAUUUUGAGGGGCCUUUUCUCCGUUUUUGCUAUCUUCAUAAUAAGUGCCUCUUUUUUAUCAGUGUUAUCUUGACUUCUGGUUUGGGCUGGACUAAGGAGUCAGUGUUGACCAAAAACAUCUAAAUUUCUUGAAGUUGCAGUUCUCAUUGCGCGAAGCUAGCACGCUGACAGGGUCCACCACACAAUGAGUGCAAUAUGCCCCUUGGUGUGUGACAUGUAUUUUUAUUGUCCAGAAACGUGGCCGUCCUAAACCAAUGAAAUUACAGCUCGAUAUAAUAUUAAUACGUAUGUAAAAUAUUGAUAAAGUUCUCAAAUGGCCUGUUAUCAAUUAUAAGUUUUUUCUGUGCUAAACACUUAAAGGUACAUGUAACAUAUACAACAUUUGCUUUUGCUGUAUUUUCAGAAAUGGAUGGAUUUGGGGGUCUGUAUUACCGGUAUGUAGCAAAUAUUGUCGCACUGAAUUGUUUAAAGUUUUGUGUUCAUGGAUGCUGGAGAAACCAAGAGCAAAAUGCUGUUCUUGUUGUCUGGUUUCCUUACCCUGCUUCCCACGAAAAAGAGCAAUUUAUAGACAAUCAGGGAAUUAACAGGUCAGGGAACCAGACUACAUCUUGCUGGCUUGCACCUGUUCACAGAUGUGUAACUGAUUACAAGCAAAACUAAUGUGGACUAACUAAAUUUAGUAAAUUGGGGUGGGGGUAUGCAGUUUUUUUCCCAAUGAUGGUCGGCCGACCAUCGUUGAAAAUGACAGCACACACACCAGGUGCACUGAUUUCACAGGAUGCUUGAGUUUAUUAUUCACUUAAAGCCAAGUAAGGUAUUUGAUAAUAAUUUGACAGUUUAAUUUUUUGAUGUUUGCAAAUAUUAGUUUAUUACCUCCAAGGGUAGCAGGGUAGAUUCACUUCCAGGCUUACUGAUACUAUGGUUUCAUAUUAAAAAUCUCAAAUAGGUUCUCCAAAGGCGUAGUGAUCGGAGAAAUUGCCUAAUCUACAUGUAUUGUCCAAGAUAUUUUGGUGAGAAAAAAAAUGCUAAGAACAAUUUUGUUUGAAAACAGAUGUUCAAAAAGAUGUUUUCCCAGAUUUCCAGAACAAAUCAAAACAUUUUUAGCCCCUUGAUGUGUACUAUCCUGAAAAUUUUCUCUUAAAUGGUCUGGAAAUGUGAUUACAUGCUCAAUGCUUAAUGAAACAUGUACAUGAACAUGUACAUUGUACUUUUUUUGUAAUCUAAUCAGUAAUACAUGUAGGCUUUCUAUCCUCGUGUAAUUCACCCAGCAACCAAAUGACGUUGGCAGUUCUUUACCGGCACGAUUUCAUGGGUUCAUGCAUAAAUGCUGAACACCUUUUGAAACUGCGACUCAAAUGUCACGAGCGAUACCUCCCGGACAUGUUGUGGAAUACCGCUGAUCAGGUUUAAUUGAAUUGUAGAAUUGAACCUUUUUUGUAUCAGUGUGGGACCUUUUUCCUCCCAUGGAUAUUCCUUACAUUUUGUACAGCUGGCAGAUUUGGACAAUUGUAAGAGAAAAACCUGAUUGUAAUGUUUCCGAGGGGCAGACCAAUUUAAUGUACAUGUUUUUCUUAAACUUAAAGCAAAACACGAUGAAAGGCCUAAAAAUAAAUCCACAUACGAUCCUUUAUGCGCCAAUGCUUCUUUGUUAUUAAUUCUGUGUACACAGACACGCAUGAAAAUCUCGGUGCAAAGUCAAAACAUGGAGCUUUUUUGUACCAUAAACUAGCCUCUUUGAUUGUGGAGAAUUAUUAAAUACAGAAAUUCUCAAUCCGUCUGACCUGUACUCCAUUGAGUAUCCAUUAAUUCCAACAUAAAACAGAUUUCUCACCAAAAUCAUCGUUCUUUACUCCCACCCUCCCACCCAUCAAAAUCAAUCAGGUUUUAAUGGGAGGAUUUUGAAGGAUUAAGGAGAGCCAGGCCACUGUCACUGUGGGACUUGAUUCCCUUCGAAAGUUUAAGUACAUAGAAUAUGCCAAUGGUUUCCUCCAUAUUGGAUGGUUUUGGAGGAUUCAGGACAUUUCUCAGCGCAAAUGUUUAGGGAGUUUGGGUUUAAUCUGUAAUCAAUUGAGAGAUUCGGUUUUGAAAACCUUCUAUAACUUGAAGUUUAUUCUCCCGGUAAUGCAUUGUACACUAGUAGUACAUGCAAAUGGUUUAUCAUUGUCUCCAGAAUUCAUAAUGUACAUGUAUGUACAAGGUCACAAUGUACUGUGACUGCAUGAGUCUGUAUUUAUCACAUUCACUUCAUCCCAUGGUUGAUGCAUUUCAGUAUUUUUUAUUUCAUUGGCGUUAUCCAACCAUGGUCAGAAUUCACAAACCAAAAAUAAACAUUUGAAAUAACUGUUUCGAUUUCUAAAUAGCCUAAAGCACCCAUUCAAACUGCACUGUAUGAGUGUAUUGCAAAUUAUGAAUGCGUGGUCAUGUUAUGACAUUAUUGUGCUUGAUCAAAUGUUAAAAAGAAGACUUUUGUAUUUUAAGGCUCUCGGAUACUUGGAAUGGAUCAUGAAUAUUAUAUACAUGUACCAUAUACGUAUCCAUGAUACAGAUACGUGUAGAGAAAACCGAUGUCCUCUUUUGAAUAUAUAUGUACAAACAAAGCGAAAAUAAUUUUACGUACAGUGUAUUUCAAAGGAUGAGGUCGCACUAGGCAAAACUGCUUUCGGGGUAUAUUUUUAGCAAUGAAAUAUGAAUAGCAGAUUGAAGUUUGGAAAGAAUUUUGUUUCAUUACAUUUUUAACAUUUUUAUGUUUUAGUGUUUACCAAAUGUCAGGAGGUGAAAUUGCGAGUUCAACAUUUCCUGACAAACUCAGUUAUGCAAGUAGGAUAUUUUGAUCACACUCUCUCCAAAUUCACAAUUUGGUAAGAAUUUGUGGCUAUUUAUAGUGCUUGAUUGAUUGAUUUUCGCACCUAAAUUGAAUGUUAUGAUGAUUUUUGCUUGAGGAUUUUUUUUCUUCUGCAGUGCUGUAUUUUCUGUUAUUGCCCUUCUCUGUAAACUGACACGUUUUUCAUGUUGAUAGUGAAAAGUGCACUUCGCAAUUUUUGUUUGGAAUAAUUUAUGAAUUUAUGAAGUUGUCCAGGUCAUACAAAUAGACUUGAGAAAUGUUUCCUUGCAGUGUUCCUCACAUAGACCCUUUCCAUCAUGUCCAUGGCAGCCAUUUUAAAGGUGCAGAGUCUUUUUCCUUUUACAAAAUGCUUUCAUAAUUGUUGAAAUCCAUUAUUAAAUCUUGACAUAUCACCAGUUGAAAUGUACAUGACUUAGUCAACUUCUUAAUGUGCUGUAAAUUGGUAAACGAAUUUUUUUUUUAGCAAUGCUGUUUAAAGUGCUUGUAAUUAUGCUAAAUUUCAAUCAAAUAUAUAAUAACGAGCAGCAUUCCUGUAUUGUGUGGGUUGAAUGUAAACGUUAUGCCGUUGAGAGAGUAUUCUAUAUUGUAUUAAUGUACAUGUUUGUGCCAAAUUUGUCUGAUGUAAACUAACAAGAUUUCGCGACUGUGGUG